AUGAUGCGGCCGCAGCUGUUCCGUGCGGCCGCUCGGUCACUCCGGGCUCCCAAGGUCAUCCCCAGGACCUUCGCGACGACAGUUCCUCGCGCGGCCGAGGUGGAACUCACCAUUGCCGGCUCGGCUCUCAUCCAAGCCUGUGAACAAGCAGGCGCCACAGUCCCCAGAUACUGCUACCACGAAAAACUUCUGGUCGCAGGAAACUGUCGAAUGUGUCUCGUCGAAGUUGAACGUGCUCCUAAGCCGGUCGCCUCCUGUGCUUGGCCGGUCCAACCCGGUAUGGUGGUGAAAACCAACUCGCCGCUGGUCCACAAGGCUCGGGAGGGUGUCAUGGAAUUCCUUCUCGCCAACCACCCCCUCGAUUGCCCUGUUUGUGACCAAGGAGGAGAGUGUGAUCUUCAGGAUCAAUCGAUGCGUUACGGUGCUGACCGGGGUCGUUUCCACGAAGAAGGCGGCAAGCGUGCCGUGGAGGACAAGAACAUUGGCCCCUUGGUCAAGACCUCGAUGAACCGCUGCAUUCACUGCACUCGCUGUGUUCGAUUCAUGAACGACGUCGCUGGCGCCCCGGAAUUGGGAACCGCCGGUCGCGGAAACGACAUGCAGAUUGGCACCUACCUCGAGCAGAACCUCAACUCAGAACUUUCAGGAAACGUCAUUGACCUUUGUCCUGUUGGUGCGCUGACCUCUAAGCCCUACGCAUUCCGCGCGCGUCCUUGGGAGCUGAAGCACACCGAAUCGAUCGACGUGCUCGAUGCACUUGGCUCCAAUAUCCGCAUUGACAGCAGAGGACUCGAGGUCAUGCGCGUCGUUCCACGAUUGAAUGAUGACGUUAACGAAGAAUGGAUCAACGACAAGUCGCGUUUCGCCUGCGAUGGGCUAAAGACUCAACGUCUCACCACCCCACUCAUUCGUCGGGAGGGCAAGUUCGUUCCCGCUACUUGGGAACAAGCUCUCUUGGAGAUUUCGGCCGCCCACGAGAAGCUCCAGCCCCAGGCCAAUGAAUUCAAGGCUGUCGCUGGACACUUGGUUGAUGCUGAGUCGCUCGUCGCCAUGAAGGACCUAGCAAACAAGCUUGGCUCUGAUAACCUUGCCCUCGAUCAGCCUGGUGGCAGUGCUCCCAUUGCUCACGGCGUUGAUGUUCGCUCUAAUUACCUCUUCAACUCCAAGAUCUAUGGAAUCGAGGAGGCCGACGCCAUUCUCCUGGUUGCGACAAACCCUCGUCACGAGGCUGCCGUUCUCAACGCCCGCAUCCGCAAGCAAUAUAUCAGAUCUGACCUUGAGAUUGGUCUUGUUGGCGAGGAGUUUGAGAGUACCUUUGACUUCGACCACCUUGGUGCUGACGUCUCUUCCUUGAAGAGUGCGUUGUCUGGAGAGUUUGGCAAGAAGCUUGCCGCUGCACAGCGACCCAUGAUCAUUGUCGGUAGCGCCGCUGCGGAACACGCUGAUGCCAAGGCAAUCUUCGAGACUGUCGGUAGCUUUGUGGAGAAGCACGCCAGCAACUUCACCACCUCUGAGUGGCAAGGGUACAAUGUCCUUCAGCGCGCUGCCUCUCGUGCCGGCGCCUAUGAAGUCGGUUUCACCGCGCCGUCUACAGAGGUUUCACAGACCACCCCCAAGAUGGUCUGGCUUCUGGGCGCGGAUGAGAUUGCUCAGAGCGAAAUUCCAAAGGAUGCAUUCGUCAUCUACCAGGGACACCACGGUGACCGCGGCGCACAACUUGCCGACGUCGUUCUUCCCGGUGCUGCGUACACUGAGAAGUCUGGCACGUACAUCAACACCGAAGGUCGAGUGCAGGUCACCCGGGCUGCUACCUCUCUCCCUGGGGCAGCUCGCGAUGACUGGAAGAUCAUCCGUGCCACCAGUGAGUUCCUUAACGCUCCUCUGCCCUAUGAUGACAUUGAGGCUCUCCGCGACCGUAUGGAGGAAAUCAGCCCUGUCAUGCGUCGCUACGACGUCGUCGAGCCUGUUUCCGUUAGUUCAUUGAGCAAGGUCCAGCUUGUAGACCAGAACAAGGGGUCCGCGACUACUGGCGCACCUUUCAAGAAGGUCAUCGAAGACUUUUUCUUUACCGACUCUAUCUCCCGAAGCUCACCUACCAUGGCCCGCGCCUCUGCUGCCAAGGCCACUGGAAACCCCGAGACAAACUUCAUGGCUGCUGGAGAAAUGUCUCCGCAGGCCCUGUACGGUUAA